UGUGCGUGCUGGACUGCGGGUGCCCGGGAAGCUCCAGGAAGGGCUCCGAGUGCGGAGCCAUGAAGAAGGGACAGAGCGCGGAGCGGCGGGGGAGAGCGGCAGAGCGGGAGGCAGACGCACGGCGGGCUCCCCGGGAGGGCCCUUGCGGCGCGGGGCGCAGUCCCUAAGUCGCCCGGGUCGCCUGCGUUGCGGGGAGCGCAGCGCCGGCUCCCGCCCGCCCGCCAUGAGCCACCUCUUCAGUCCCCAGCUGCAUACUCUGGCCGCCUCGCCCAUGCUGUAUCUGUACGGUCCCGAGAGACCCGGGCUGCCUCUGGCCUUCGCCCCCGCGGCCGCCCUGGCCGCCUCGGGCCGGGCGGAGCCCCCCCAGAAGCCGCCCUACAGCUACAUCGCGCUCAUAGCCAUGGCGAUCCAGGACGCUCCGGAGCAGAGGGUCACGCUCAAUGGCAUCUACCAGUUCAUCAUGGACCGCUUCCCCUUCUAUCACGACAACCGGCAGGGCUGGCAGAACAGCAUCCGCCACAACCUCUCGCUCAACGACUGCUUCGUCAAGGUGCCCCGCGAGAAAGGGAGGCCAGGCAAGGGCAGCUACUGGACGCUGGACCCUCGCUGCCUGGAUAUGUUCGAGAAUGGCAACUACCGGCGCCGAAAGAGGAAGCCCAAGCCGGGCCCCGGGGCCCUGGAGGCCAAGCGGUCCCGCGUCGAGACGCAGGAGCGCGGCGCAGAGGCGCAGCCCGAGGUGGGGAACGGGGCAGGGCGCCCCGGCCCCCCGGACCCCCGCCACGAGGGAGAGCCCGUGCGCCCCUCGCCCCUCAGGGAAGGCUCCUCUCCGCCGGCGCCCCUGCACUGGCCCGGGCCGGCGUCCCCAGAGGAGGACGGGGGCGACGCUGUCCAGGGCGCAGCAGCCGUGGCCGUCGGCCAGACAGCGCGCACGGUGAACGGCCCGGGGUCCCCUCCGCACCCAGUCUCCCGCCGCUCUCCGAGUUGCUCCGACAAGUCCAAGAGCUUCAGCAUAGACAGCAUCCUGGCGGGACGGCAGGGCCAGAAGUCGGCUGGAAGGGGCGAGCUCCCGGGUGGCGCCAAGCAGGAGCCCGGCGGCUGUCUGGGCGCCUCGCUUCUGGCCGCCUCCUCCAGUCUUCAUCCGCCUUUCAAUGCUUCCCUGAUGCUCGACCCGCACGUCCAGGGCGGCUUUUACCAGCUCGGGAUCCCUUUCCUCUCCUAUUUCCCUCUGCAGCUCCCCGACACAGCGCUUCACUUCCAGUAAAGCCAACAGUGGCGCAGGUCUUUCCCCUGUGCUGGUCUGAGCUUGUGAGCGACCACGGUUCCCACCGCUGGGGGAAGGAGUCAUGUUUUUAAAAAAUGAUCUUUUCCUCUGCCGAUGUGUGGAUCCUGGGAAGAGUUACCAACUUCUGCGCGCAGGUGGGCACGCUCGCUCGCCUGCCUCCUGGGAGGCAGACCUUCCCGGAACCAGGAGCGGCUUUAGAGAUUUAAAAGACCAUGCAAGCGCUGGGACUUGGGCAACUCAGACCUCCUAGAGCGCGAGCAGGAGAAUUCCUUGAUCUUAGGUCAGUCUUAUAGCGUG